CCUGAGUAAGUGCCAAGUUAAGUCUGAAAAUGGAAGCCGACUUUGACUGGCGAAUCGGAAGGGAGUGGCUGUUCAGUGCCCCCCCCCCCCCCUAUUCUCUAUUCACAAUUCGUUCAUUGAAUCCUAACAGCCCUUCUGACAUCUGAUUGCGUGCUGCGUUUGACGGAUGUAAGUGUUAUGCCGUGUUACCCUGUCGAAGAAUUACGGAGUGCGCGCUCUGCCGGACUCCCUUGAUCACCGGCUGCGCGUCACGGCAUUUGGAUACCUGAUGUAGUAAGAAUAGACCGAGACGGGAAUCCGUAAAGUAAUACCGAUAGCUCCCUUGAGUCUUGUAUAAAAUCGUCAACCCCGAGUUCACAACUCACCACUCAACACCAGAGAGUCACACAUCAUCGAAGCAUUCCAUCAUCCAGCCAAUUUUCGUCCCCAUCCCACCAUAUCCUCUUUUGACAAGAUGCCUUUCGUCGCCGUUAUCACUUCCGACAUCCCCUCCGAAAAGAAGGACGACUUCCUCGGACACUGGCCCUCCAUCAAGGAAGGCAUCUCAAAGCAGCCUGGUGUUGUGGGCGUUGCAGGAGGUCAAGUCGUCAACGAGAACGGGACGCCUGUGACUGAAUUUAAGUUUCUGCAAACCAUAACGUUCAACUCAGAGGCGGACGACAAAGCCUUUUCCGAAUCAGCAUGGUUCAAGGAGCGCGAGGCACAGCUCAACACUAGCAACCCCGGCGGCCAGCCGCGCAUCAAGAAGUUCGAGACCGGACCUGUACCCAGUGAGAAGCCCAAGGCCUUCGCCCAGUUCUCGUUCCUCGACGUAGCGGACGAGAGCAAGCACGAGGCGGCGAAGCAGGCUUGGCUCGACCUCGUCGCCGCCCUCGGCCAGUCGGUGCACUUUGGCGGCAAGAGUGUUGGUGACGGGCCGAGCACCGGGUUGGGCAUCCUGGGAUGGGACAGUGAAGAUGAGAUUAGAGCGGCGUUCACGAAGCCCGAGGUCCAGGCUGCUUUGCAGAAGUACCAGAGCUUCGGGGAGGGCGGCAGUGUCCUGGUCAAGCUCGACGUGUGAUGCAACCAACUGAGGAGAGCAUUGCUCAGCAUUUACAUGACGUUUGAAGUUUAUAGAAUAUGUUCAAGCCCUACUAUCGCGCCAAGUUUGUUCUGUAAACAUUCCCAGAAGCUCUUGUCCAAGUCAGUUGGAGAAUGUUGGCCCUUUAACUAUGUGCUCCUCAUGUACAGCUACGUCGGGCAGGUCUCCUGGACCGAGAAAGCGUUUAUAGACUGUAGAUGAUACUAGAACACAGAAAGAAUGCAUCAAUAUAUAGAAACC